CCCCACUCCAAAAACCCGAUAGGUCAUGAUGCCUUAGAAGGCACGAGCAGAGAACAAGAUUGGUUGGAAUUAGCACGCUGGGAAAUGCUACAGAUCAUUGCCAGCCGUCCCUUGAGAGACGAGCCCUCUGCUAGGGGAAGGGACGUAGUAGAAUAGGGAAUAGAUGAAGAGAAACUACUUGUGUGCCCUGUCGAAAAAAUCUGAACGAAGGGCGGAGCACGGGGGACAAAGGACCCCCAAAUUAAAACCAACCCCUGGGUGGAGUCACUAGCUUUUAAAUAGAACCACCAAACCUGACCAUCUCACAACACGCUCAAACUCUGAGUAGUGAACGUCCUUUUAAAAAAUCAGUUUUCGUAUUUUUCGUCACUCACUAAUUGGAUUAAGUGUUUGUGCUUCAGUGAUUCUGUGUUUUUGUACUUAAACCAAAAAUGUCGCGAAGUUUUUUGGUGGAUUCGCUUAUUGGCGACAAUUCGCCGCCAAGUUACCCACUUCCGUACUACGGAAGUCAGUUGCCGAACUACAUGUUCAAUUUCUUCAAUUUUGGACUGGGAUAUCAGCCAGUUAGGCCGGUUCCAAGACCCCCGACUUUGCCUGGCCCUGUUCCACUGAGCCCUCCUGCAAUAAUGGGAAUGCCUCUUAGUAGGCAGAGCCCUCCAUCGCCUCUCAAUUCUUCAGCAAGUCGCUUAUCAGACUUUUCAGGAGCUAACGAAUCACCAACACGUAGCACUACUCCAACCCCACCGCCAAAAUCACCAAAUUCAUUGAGCAGCAGUUCAAAAAGGAUUCGCACUGCAUUCACCAGCACCCAGCUUCUAGAACUGGAGCGCGAAUUCGCAGCCAAUAUGUACUUAUCUCGUCUUCGCAGGAUAGAAAUCGCGAAAAACUUGCGCUUAUCUGAAAAGCAAGUGAAAAUCUGGUUUCAGAACCGUCGGGUCAAGUACAAGAAAGAAGAUCUCCCUGCAGGUCAAAGUGCCAAGUGCUGCUGCCUGAGGACCUGUGGAAAGAAAAAAGAGGACUGCGAUGACAAAAAGUGCAACACAUCUGCUUCUGUUGAAGAGGAACUUUCUGAAGAGGACAAAGAUAAAGGCUGUGAGGACAAGAUACGAGCUUCAACGCCCGAGAAUGACAAACAAGGUAUUAAAGAGGAAUGCAAAGACUCAUCUGACUUUGUUCAAGAUCUUAGAACUUCUAAUGACUACUCGAGGUUUCCUGGGUUCUUUGAUUACCAGGAUCGGGAUCGACGAGAAAAUAUUAACGUUUGUGAUGUGAUUGGUUCUGAAAGUCGAAAACGUAGUUAUGACGCUUUUCAAAAUUCGGAAAUAGUGAAAAAGAGAAUGAUGUCUGUUGAUCCGUAUAUGACUUCUCUUAAAGAGGGUCCGAUUAUUGUGAGAACUAAUACUCACACUAAAUACACCGUUGAGAGUAUUGUGAAUUCGUAGAAUUUUUGGAAAAAUUUUUUAGUACUUUGAAAGACUAGAAAUUAUUGAUUAAUUGAAUUU